AUGGAUUGGGGAAUGAGCACCGAUUUCCAAAAAGUGUUUGAUAAAAUCCUGGACGCUGCGGUUCUGAACAACCUGACGGAGGAUCAACUGAUCAAGAGGGUGUUUGUUUUCAGCGACAUGGAAUUCAACGAGGCAUCAAUACCACCACGAUGGGUUCGAGACCCUUCCAGCACAAGGAGGUGGUUGGAGGUAGAGCCGGAGCAGAGGAGUUGGGAAACUGAUUAUCAGGCGAUACAGAGGAAGUUCCGGGAGAAAGGGUACAACAGGGUGCCGGAGAUCGUGUUUUGGAAUCUGAGGGACUCCCGGGCGACGCCGGUGGUGGGGACACAGAAUGGGGUGGCUCUGGUGAGUGGGUUCUCGAAGAACUUGCUGAAGAUAUUCAUGGAGGAAGGUAGGAUUGUGAAUCCAGAGGAUGUGAUGAGGCUAGCCAUUGCUGGGAAGGCGUACGAGAAGCUUGUGGUGUAUGACUGA